GAACCGAACAGCCCUCGGCGAAGGAUGAUUUGUGCAAUGGGUGUAAAUGCAUCUUUGAAUGAUUCGAGUGGGAGUUGGAUAAUAUAAUAAGAGCUUUCGGCCAAAACGGUAUCAUUACGAAGUGAGAGUGAUGUACUGUGACAUGCAACAAGCAGUCCUGGUUCUAGCCUUAAUAGGCAUUUCAGCAUGCGCCCGCCUCGACUACCUACCUCCAGGACGCGGUAAUGCAGGUGGUGGUGGACCAGGUGGUUACCCAGGGGCCGUAGCGCCUGGAACUGGCGGCGGUAGAGGCGGCGGUUAUCAAGGUGGACCCGGAGGUGGAUAUCAAGGUGGUUCCGGAGGAGGAUACCAAGGUGGUUCCGGAGGUGGAUAUCAAGGAGGCCAAGGAGGCGCAGGCGGUGGUUAUCAAGGCGGGUCAGGAGGUGGAGGCUAUCAAGGUGGUUCUGGAGGUGGGUAUCAAGGAGGUAGUGGAGGCGGGUACCAAGGAGGUGCAGGCGGAUACCAAGGAGGCGGCGGCGGUGCUGGAGGACAAGGUGGAUACCAAGGCGCCGGUGGAGCAUACAGUGGAGCAGGGGGCGCUGGAGGCAGACCAGGCGCUGGUUCUGAAAUACCCAUAAUUCGUUAUGAAAAUAACAACAACGGUGAUGGUACAUACAACUAUCUAUACGAAACUGGAAACGGUAUCAAUGCUGAUGAAAGUGGCGAUGCUAGAGGAGACGGUACUCAGGCUCAAGGUUCAUUCAGUUACACCUCUCCUGAUGGUCAACAGAUCCAAGUAUCAUAUACCGCGGAUCAAAACGGUUUCCAACCACAAGGCGCUCAUCUCCCAACACCUCCCCCAAUCCCACCAGAAAUCCAAAGAGCUAUAGACCAAAACCUAGCUGAUGAAGCCAGAGGAAUCGUUGACGAUGGCCAAUACAAACCUGGUGCAGAUGAAGGUCAAGGUGGAUAUUCAGGAGGUCAAGGAGGAUAUUCAGGUGGACAAGGAGGAUACUCAGGUGGACAAGGUGGAUAUUCAGGAGGUGGUCAAGGAGGUUAUUCUGGUGGACAAGGAGGACAAGGAGGUUAUUCAGGAGGACAAGGAGGUCAAGGAGGGUAUUCAGGAGGUCAAGGAGGACAAGGUGGAUAUUCUGGAGGUGGUGGCCAGGGAGGACGAGGUGGUUAUUCUGGAGGAGCAGGUCAAGGUGGAAGAGGUGGAUACAGUGGCGGAGCAAGUGGAAGUAAAGGUGGAGCAGGAGGUGCCCCAUCAGGACUUUACGGUACUCCAGGGACAGGUUCGGGACAGCGAGGACCCGAUGGAUAUAGAUAUUAAGAGAGAGGAUGCUAGCUUGCCAUACUGAUAGUAUUUUAUAAUAUAUUGUGUGAAUUUUGUAUUAUAUAUUUUGUAAAUAGAAACUUUUAUUUUAGGUAAAUAAAUAUAUACAUUUUUAUAA